ACCAGUUUAGGUAUUUAUUGUUUAGAGCUCUGAGCACGCACCGUCGCUGUGGAGAGGUUGAUCCAUCCAAAACGCUCUGAAUCAUUUCAAAAGCAACAAUGCCACGAAUGAAAGUGACCGGACGUAAGAAACGCAUUAUCCCUGCUAAGAAAACGACCUCAGAAAGCGAAGCUCAAAGCGGACCUUCAAGAAAAAAAGCACAAGGACGGCGACAGUCGACGCUUCCACUGGGCAGCAGUCGCCGAACUCCAAAGAAAGCUUUUGGCGAGAUGACAGCCACUAGCACGGAUACAAAUGAAAGAGAGAACCGAUCAGCGCGCCAGUGAGACUGAGGGUGGCACCAAAAUCGCUUAAAACCUGGAAGCCCCUAAGGACUUCUACGAAGAAAUAUGCCCUGCAACUCUACGACACUGCUGUUGAAAUGUUGCUGUCAAGAACCAGUGACAAUGUUUUGGCAGAUGUCCAAAAGCAUCUGUCUCAGGGCCGACGAAAGUUUGCGGACAAGCUGGAGAAGUCGACCGGUCCAGUAAACAACUUCACAAACUACAAUAAUCUUCAUAAAAUCCUUAACUCCCAGGAAGAUGCUGAUGAGAAGAUGGAGGAGAUGCUGCAGAAGCAGCUGGAUAAGGAGGAGAGGGAGUGCAAGGACAUUGAGGAGGAGAUGGAAACAUGCAAGCUUUACGCUGAUGGAGCAUCACAGCUCCACCCUCUCUUGCAGAGCAGAAAUAAGGACUGACAAAAGAUUUCAUCAUCUGUGACAGUCAGGAUUUGAACUCAAUUGCGAGUCUUCUCUUUCAAAGCGGGAUUUAGGACUGUUGGAAGAUGACAAGAUCUGUGUCAGUGACAACCAGGAUUUGAUCUCAAUCGCUAGUCUUCUCUUUCAAAGCAGAAUUUAGGACUGUUGGAAGAUGACAAGACUGUGUCAGUGACUGACAGGAUUUGAACUCAAACGCUAGUCUUCUCUUUCAAAGCGUAACUGGGACUGUUGGAAGGUUUGAACUCAAUCGCUAUUCCUCUCUUUCAAAGCGGAAUUUAGGGCUGUUGGAAGACAACAAGACUGUGUCAGUGACAGACAGGAUUUGAACAUUAGUCUGGCUACUUCUGUAUAAAAGUGAACUUGGCUGGAGCAGCUUCUACUUAUAUAAGCUUUGGUCAGAUGACCAAUAUACACUUGCAGAUGUACAUACAGACACAAUCACCCAAGGGGUAAUGGGGUCAGGUAAUACUUGUUUAAACAUGUUUUUAUUGUUUGAUUGUUGAGAACAUCCAGCUUGUCCAACAAAGCAUAGGUUGGUUUUUGUGUAAAUCUUUUGAAGGAU